ACGGUAAAACGACCUGCGGGGUAAGUCACGCGAGGACGGCUGCGCGAUGUGGCGUCUCCUGGUGCUGUUGCCCCUGGUCUCCGGCCAGCAGCUGUACGACGCGUUCUCCGGGAAACCCAUCACUGAAGACCGAAGGAAUGAGCUCGCCGCUCUCAACUUAACUACCCCGUGCACUAUCAACGUAGCACCAUGCAGACAUCACGAAGGGCGGCGAGUGGAUGGAACAUGCACCAACCCCAAGUACCCAUCGCUGGGAGCGGUACCGGCACGGUACAUGAGGAUGCGACCCGCUAGGUUUGGAGUAGGCAAUUCAAUACGGUCCGCCACAAAUGGUUCAAUGCUGCCAUCAACUCGUCUGCUUCGCACUAAAAUCCUGACCGAUGGUUAUCAGGAAGACCACAACUUUUCCUUCUUAGCACCAACCAUUCUACUAUUUCUUGUUGCUGACAUUGCUGAUUUGCUGGUGUUGUUGACAUACGCAUUAGUCAGUGACUGCUGCCUCGGAAACACACCUAAUCGCGUGAACCCGAAUUGCAUCUCCAUCCCAGUACCGCAGGACGACCCGUACCUGCGCCGCACCGGCAUUCGCUGUAUGAACCUCACCAGGUUUCCAACAUUCCAGGAACUGCAAUGUGCACCAAACACAUUGCCUGCAGAGCGGAUUGACGUUAUCAGUACUCCGAUAUUAGACAUGUCUACAGUAUAUAGCUCCAGGAACGAUAGGGUGCGUCAAAUAAGAGCAUAUCAAGGUGGACUUCUAAAGUCUGAAAUGAGAAACGGAUUAGAAUAUCCGCCUGGUGCGGCGCUCACCUGUAUUAAAAACCAACGGCCUCUGGAAAAUAUUUGCUAUGAGUUUGGUGAUACUUAUGGUGGUAACAUAGUUUCUGGUAUAUACAUGACUGCAAUGUGGUUCUUCCGAGAGCACAACCGCCUGGCGCGCAGACUGGCUGAGAUCAACCCGUGCUGGGACGACGAGAAGCUGUUCGAGACAGCGCGGCAGAUCAACAUAGCGCAGUGGCAGAACAUACUAUACUACGAAACUAUGAUUGCUAUAUUAGGCAAAGAAAAUGCUUUAGAAGCCGGUAUUGUAUACGACACGGAUGGAUACGUGAACGACUUUGAUCCGCGGUACAAACCGGGCACAUACCACGAGUUUAUAGUGGGACUGAGAUGGUUCCAUAACCUGCAGGACGAGCGGUCUGACUUGUACAGUAGGGACGGAAAAUACCUAGGCUCUCGGACGGGUGUAGAUGAUGAAUUUAGAAGCGGUAUCCUAGAAGUGAAUAACACUGAGGCAGAUCUUACACAGGGUGCGUUCCGACAACGAGCCGCUAAAAUAGACUACAAUAUGGACCCAGAUUUGGCAGAGCGUGUCUUAGGCGAGUUGCAGACGGCUUCGGACCUGCUGGCUAUCGACAUGAUGAGGGGCCGCGACGAGGGCCUGGCGCCGUACAACGAGUACCGCAAACUCUGCGGUCUGCCGCACGCGCACAAGUUCUCCGACCUAGAGGACACCAUAUACCCUGACAAAUUAGAGCAAUUGCGCCGAAUAUACGAUGGUGAAAUAGAUGAUGUGGAGCUGAUGGUGGCCUUAUACAGCGAGAGGCUCAUCAAAGGCGGCUGGGUAGGACCCACGCUGUUCUGCAUCAUGGCAAGGAACCUAGUGGAAUGGAGAAAAUCGGACAGAUUCUUUUUUGAGCAAGGAGAUUCACCCACUGCGUUCACAAUUCCUCAGCUUAAUGAAAUAAGAGUGACAAGUACCGCAAAACUCAUCUGCAACAACGGUGACAGUGUGGACAAGAUUCAGCCGCACGCGCUCUACAAUAUAGGAAAAGGGAACGAGUUGACCCCAUGCGAGGCAAUCCCGGGCAUAGACCUCACCAAAUGGGCAGAUCCGCAUUGCCACAGUGAUGUCCACAAAGAGGAACCCAACACUUCGAAAAACGAUGACUAUUGGGCCGGAUAUUAUUAUAAAAAAUGAUUUUGAAAUUUGAGCCGAAACCGAUAAACGACUCCAAUCACUAUCUUCAGAUUGAUCCAUAAAACAUAUUAUAAAUCAAAAUAAGUCAUAAUAAGUAGGUACGUACCACAGUGGCGUAGUAGUAUUGCGCGCGCUACGACUUCCGCUGUGAGCUCUUGGGUACGAAUCCAGUAUCGGGCAAAAUAGUAUUGUAUAGUAUUGGGUUUUUCUUCUCAAUAUAAG